AGGUAGGAGCGGCCGUCAAGCUGUCUCCCUUAAUAAUAGAUACCUAAGGUCUUCCAUUCACCUGAUAAUCCGUGCUCCCUUCUUGAACGGACAAACAACAUCAGUCGAAUUGGAUUUGUCGAAACGAGUUUCACUUCCCCGUGUGUGUUUGUUUGUCUUUUAUUAUUGUACUCCCGUCUCGCUCGGCAGGUGCAUCAAAACAAUCCAAUUCAGGAGCCGCGUCAGACAAGACUCGUCAAGUCAACAAGGAAGGACAAGCUGAACACAAAAAGCUUCGAUCUCCCACGAUCUCCAUCACUGGAAUUAUCUCCUCAUCUCUCUCUCUCUCUCUCUCUUUCUCUCUCUCUCCCCCACCUUCUUAGAGCCUCAACCACUACCAUGGCUGCCGAACAAGAAAAGACCGUUCCCGCUGCCGUUCCUGCAGAGAACCCUGCAACUCCCGAGACGCCUCUUACCAAGCUCAAUGCUCGCCUUGAGGAUAUUUUCAGCAAGACACUUCAUGAGGAGAUGUGGGGUGUUCAACUCACCAACAUUGAUCACGUACCAACAAAGGUCGUCCUGCAAAAGUUCCUCCGCGCCAACAAUGAUGACCCCGUGGCAGCUGAGAAGCAGCUCACUCAGGCCCUUGAGUGGCGCAAGAAGAUGAAUCCUACCGCACUCGUCACCCAGACGUUCGACAAGAGCAAAUUUGGGGACUUGGGCUAUGUCACUGUCCACAAGGGAGAGAAUGGCAAGGAGACCAUCAUCACCUGGAACAUUUACGGUGCCGUCAAGGACAACAAGGCCACCUUUGGCAAUGUAGAGGAGUUUAUCAAAUGGCGCGCUGCCAUCAUGGAGCUCAGUGUUCAGAAGCUCAAGCUAGACCAAGUCACUGAGCCCAUUCCCGAGGGGGGCGAGGAUCCUUACCAGAUGAUCCAAGUCCACGACUACCUCAAUGUCAGUUUCUUCCGCAUGGACCCCGCCGUCAAGGCCGCCAGCAAGGAGACCAUCUCCGUCUUCUCAAUGGCUUACCCUGAGCUGCUCGCGCACAAGUACUUUGUCAAUGUUCCCGCCAUCAUGGGAUGGAUGUUUGGCGCCAUGAAGCUCUUCCUUGCCCCUGCUACCCUCCGCAAGUUCCACCCCAUGACCUCUGGCACUACACUGGCCACUGAGCUGAAGGGUAUUGUUUCUACUCUGCCCAAGGAGUAUGGUGGUCAAGGGGCUAGUGUCAAGGAGGGUAUGUCUGUCUCGUUGACUGAGGCUGGUGAGUCUGCGGCGGGUGAGACCAGUGCUGAACCUUCACCUACUGAGGCUCCCGAGCAAACUGCUGCCGCCGACUCUACCACUGCCGAGAAGACUGUCGUCACUCGCGAGUCGGCUCCCGCUACUGAGAAGACACUCACUGCUGAGCCUGUUGUGGCCGCCGCAGCUCCUGCUCCCGCUCUUGCUGCAGAGGCUGCCCCAGCCCCAAUUCCGGCUCCUGUAGAGGCAGCCAAGGCCGAGACUGCAGAGCAGGCUGUGGAGCAAGCUGGAGAGAAGCCCAUCGAAGAGGCCCUGGAGAAGCUGUCCGUCAACCCAGCUGAGUCUGAGAAGAAGGAUACUCUUGCUACCGAUGUUGAGAAGAAGGAGACGGCUGCCUGAGCAGUAUUGUAUGCAAGAAAAAAGAUGCGAGUGAGAGAGUGAAGGAUACCAAGAAACCGUGUGAUUUGAUACCGUAAACAAUACCCCAUUCAGUUAUGAGGAGCGCACCAGAGGUGAAAAUCACAGCCUAGAGAUGUUAUAAUUCUACAAUAGACUGAGACCGAGAAUUGAGAUGCUAGUUUUUGUCACGGGA